AUGCCCGUCGAUCUUAUGAGCAUGGGCGUCGUCGUUGAGUACCCUUGGCUUUCCGCGCUUUGUGCGGUUGGUCUUGCGCUUUUGUGUUACAUGCUACAUGGGUCAUGCGCACGAUUCUCUACUAUAACAUUGCUUCCAGUGCCGCCUUCUGCUGACAUUCUAUGGGGCCAUGAAAAAGCCAUCUUUGCUGGCGAACCCGGACGUGCACUGCGACGGUGGUUUACGCUCCUUGGUCCAACGUUUCGCAUUAGAGCAGCGCUUGGAGCUCCCGACAUUCUUGUGCUCAGCGACCCCGACGCUGUGUCACAUAUUCUUCAGAAAAAGAUAUACGACUAUCACCAUAGCGGCGUCGUUCGCCCGCGGAUUGCUCGCUUACUGGGGCGAGGCCUCGGUUGGGUCGAAGGGGAAGCAGAACACAAGAGGAUGAGGCAACUCGUUGGUCCUUCACUCUCCGGGGAAAACAUCAAGGUCAUGGCACAAGACAUACAAGAUGCAGCUUCAAGAGCCUUUCUGCACGACUUCGAAGGCGGAAAAAGCACUGAGGCCCAACAGAUUUUGAGUGCCAGACGAACGGGGGCCAAGGCUAUCACUCGCUAUACGUCCUUUGUGGCCCUUAUGUUACUCCGUCGCUUUCCCAUUCUCAACGACCUGCCGAUUCCUGUCAUCCAAGCGCAUGGCCUCGCAAAGACAACCAUUCAGUCGGGCGUCGCCCGAGAGAUGGUCAGGCGGAACAAGGACUACGUUACAGGAGACCAUGGCAAACAAACCGACCUCCUCAGCAGAUUACUUCUGGCCGUCAGUCAAGGCAAGCUCUCUCAGACGGAGAUGUACGACCAGGUAAUUGCUGAAAAUAUGGCCGGCCAUGAUGGUACCACAACCACGGUCGGCUUCACAAUCUGGGAGCUCGCCCGCAAUCCUGAUGUCCAGGAUCGUUUACGUGCGGAAUUGAGCGAACUAGGCAGGGAACCAACCUACGAAGACUUCCUCCUUCGGUUACCGUACUUGGACGCAGUGCUCAGGGAGAUACUGCGGCUUUACCCAGCCCUUCCAUACAUGGAAAGGGUGGCCACCAAGCCUGAUGUAAUCCCGCUGGCGGAACCGGUCAUACUGCAAGAUGGGACGACUACGCGACAAGUCGAGAUACUGCCAGGACAAACGGUCCUCAUACCAAUAAUCGCCAUACAUCGCCUGGAUUCCAUAUGGAAAGAAGCAGACGAGUUUCGCCCAGAGCGGUGGUUGACUGGAUUGCCACCGCAAGACAAGUUACAAUCCGGCUGGUCGAAUUUGCUUGCAUUCAGUGAAGGACCACGUAACUGCAUUGGAGCGAAGUUUGCCAUGUUUCAAUAUAAGGUGAUCCUUUGUGGGAUGAUCACGCGCUUCCGAUUUUUCGAGGCUGAAGGAACACUGUCGUUGAGAAUCUCGUCAAGUCUGCAGCCUUGGAUUGCCGGUAGAUCGGAAGAGGGUCCUCAAUUGCCCGUCAGAGUAGAAAUAAUCUAA